UCGUUCAGGCAUGCAGAACAGACAGCGAAUUUCCGGAUUUGGCCGAAGAUCAUGGCGUCGUUUUCAAUUUAUAUACAGAACAAGGCCAUGAGGAGUUCCCUGUUAACGCAUUACUUAAGGAAUUUGGACAUUUAACAAUUGAUGAGAGCAAUGCUGGUCUUAUGGAUACUGAUGAGGUUUCGGAAGACGCUGCACCUCCCACAGCACGGCAGGGCAAUGUUGGGAGUAUAAAGGUGUUAGUUCAAGCCGACGAAAAAGAUGAAACAAAAUUGAAGAUUCCCAAUAACUUUCUGGUUAUCUACCCGACAGCACCUUACCGCUAUUCCAAAAGAAACGAAACUGAAGGGUCAUGGUUUGAAUUUUACCUAAAGGAAGUUGUGGAUGAAUAUGAAGGACAUUCCACAGAGCUCGAUUUCUUUCAAGUUUUAACUGAAACAAAUCAACGAGUAUCAAAUCGCGAAACUGUUGUUUAUAAGAGAAACUCAGCGGGUAAGAUCCAGUACGAUCCAGGUACUGAGAGUCCAUCGAGGGAUGAGGACAAAUCCGGAAAGAAAAAUGUCGUGUGGAUUGAACAUAGAAUCACUCAGCCUUUGGUCUUUAGAUUGGCUAGCGGGAACUAGACUUAUUUGAGAUACUAGUACUCACUGCGUGUCAUAUACUAGUACACUAAAAACCGGUUUUGGAACUGGUCGCCUCCCCAUGCCAAUGAUUGCACCUUGAUUCAGGAACAGGAACAAUUUUGGUUAGUUAUGAGUUAAGAUGCGCAUGAUAUUGUAUAAACCAUGUACAUGCGCAUUCAACGUCGCAUAUUUUUUACUCUCAAAUUGUCCUCAUUGCUAAUCAAUACGAUUUUUUGUACGCAUUGAAUAUACAUGUAUUGGUGUUAAAAAUGGUGUUUUAUGACGAUUUGAUGCAAUUGUAUUGUUAGCUUUUCCACAUACAACGAUAUGAAGAAGAUCUCCCGACUCAGGGAUACGUUUGAAGCAGAUUAGACUUAAGCAUAUCAAUAUGGGUUGAACAUAAGAUGGACACAAUUGGAGCAUUAUUUUGUUAGGCUCAGACUAAUCAAAGAUGUCAUUAUUGUUGAGCAUGUGUUUGGCACGAAAGUAACAUUAUUAGAUAGCACAGACUAGAAAUCAAAAUAGCAAUGUCUGUCGGUCACAUGUUUGACAUAAGAAAAGCUACAAAGUACAUGGUCUAAAUCUAUCAUAUAUUUAUAUAUACAUAUCGUUGUGAUGGAACAUAGUCACACACAGUCUCUGGUCUUUAGAGUGGUUAGUGAAAACUAGAUAGGCAUUUUAAAUACACUUGUUAAAACGCUAAUGAUUAAUAUAUAUAUGUUUGAUUUUUAUAUUAUGCAUUAUUUGUCCUUACAGUGUGGUAUGGCUGUUGACCAAGAGUAACAUAUCAUAUUUACUUUUAUUCAGCAUUGGAUAGUUCAUAAAGUUACCAGCGUCUGGUUUGAGAAAGUUCAUCUAUGCAGACUUAAGUUUUGGUUUGAUAUGAGAUCUUCUUAAUUUCCUCUUUAUACAGACUAUCACUGAAUUUUGUAUUUCAAUCGCUAUUUUGGCAAA